AUGAACAAAGAGGACUACACCAACAAAGUCGAUGAACUUUUGGGCGACGGAACUGCCUACAUUCCUCGUGAAGGCGACACGACGAAAACGCUAAUAAGCGAAAUCAAUAAGGACCUAGCGAGUCUUCGGAAGUCAAAAGCAAUAACACAGCUUGACUGGCUGAGGAUGAAACCAAAGGAUUCAGCGAUCGCGCGAUUCUAUGGUCUGCCCAAGGUCCAUAAACCAGGAACUCCCCUACGGCCGAUUGUUUCUCUAAGAGGCACCCCAACGUUUGGCCUGGCCAAGUGGCUGUUCCAGCGUCUGAAAUUUCUAACCCAGGGUUCUGAAACAAGCGUCCACUCAGCCGAAAGAUUCAUCGAAAAGCUGCAAGGUAUACGACUCACAGAUGACGAAGUGAUGGUUUCUUUCGACGUGAUAUCACUUUUCACUUCCAUCCCACAGCAUCUGGCGGUUGAAACCCUGCAAACCUUGUUGGAAGAACAAUAUGACGAAACGGACAAGAAACUGAAGAUAAAACACCUUAUUGAUCUCCUGAAGCACUGCUUGAAUAUUUUCUUCACCUUCAACGGAUCUGUGUACGAACAAGUUAAAGGUACACCCAUGAGGUCACCGUUAUCCAGCUUGAUUGCUGAGGCAGUGUUACAGCGACUCGAGGCACUGGCUUUCGACCACUAUCGACCACGACUGUGGGUACGGUAUGUCGAUGACACAUUUGUCAUCAUCAAUCGGGACAAGAUUGGGGAAUUCACGCAACACCUCAACUCGAUCUUCCCAGACAUCCAGUUCACGAUGGAGGAAGAAAAAGAUUGCCAGUUGCCGUUUCUGGACGUACUAGUUCAGAGAAAAGGUGAUGGUGCAUUAAAGACAACGGUUUACCGGAAGGCAACGAAUACCUCCCGUAUUCUAAGCUUUCUUAGCAACCACCCUCUCUCGCACAAACGCAGCUGCGUGAGAACACUCUACCGGCGCGUAGAAACCCAUUGCACCGAGCCAGCCGACAAGAAGGCUGAGGUCCAGUUCCUGCGGAAACUCUUCACUGCGAACGGCUACCCUGAAAGUUUUGUCGAAAAGUGCAGGCGAGAAACCCGGGGAAGACAGCCGAAGGGACAACCAAAACCGGAAUGUUGGCGCGCAGUGCCGUACAUAGCCGGUGUGUCAGAAGAAUUCGCUUGA